GCUCGAGCAGCGGGGGGAGUGCCAGGGCCCCCCCUGGCAGGCUUGUGGCGGAUGCCAGGCCAGCCCGGCGAGAUGCCGCCCCCUGGCGCGGCCGAGCCGUCGCAGCCCGGCAAGCGCAGGGCCUCGCAGCACGCGCCCGAGAAGGGCAAGCGGCUGAGGACGGACCACCUGGCGGCCCAGCUGAAGCCGGAGCUGCAGUUCAAGGAGCUCAGCAUCACCGCGGUGGACUGGAAGGACCUCGACACCUGGAGGUUCUCCGCCCACGCGGACUCGGCGCAUAACCUGUAUGUGAGCGACACCACCAGCAUAGUGUGCUUCAGCCCCGACGGCAGCUGCCGCCCCGUGGUGAGCGACAUCGAGCCGCACCACAUCGUCCCGAACAGCACCGCGGACUACGUGGUGAUCCUCCGCAAGUCGGACAAACAGAAGAUUUGCAGGGUGAACUCCGACGGCAGCAUGCGCACCAUCCUGGAAACGAGCGUCCCGCUCUACGGCCCCGACGUGUGCCCCAAUGGCGACGUGGUCCACCACCCCUCUACGAGCCGCCUCGAGCGCCAAAGGGGGUCCACCGGUGAGCUCUCCAGCAGCAUCGAAGGCGGCAGGGGCAAGGUCAUCUCUUUCGAGGCCAAUAGCUACCUCGCCGCAGGGCAGGACGGCAACGUUUAUUUCUCUUCGAAGACGUGUAUAUUCCGAUGGAACACGCUGGAACGCACCGUCGAAUGCAUCGCUGGGCACCCGAAAAUCGCUGGCAGACGGGAUGGGUUCGGCACGGACGCGCGCUUCACCCACUUGAAACGGCCAGUGAUCACCCGCCGCUUUGCCUACGUGCGGGAGAGUGACAACCGCUUCUGCCGGGUGGACCUUGAGACGUUCGAGGUAGCGACGUUGCAAAUGCGUGGCGUGGACCCUUCGGCCAUCGAGACUUAUGGCGUGACGCCAGACGGGCAGAUGAUGUUUCUCAUCUUCACCAAGCCGUUCUGCAUCUUCACCGCCGAUACGGUAGACUGCCUCGAGUCGACUUUCCAAGCCGACAUGCAGCGAAUAGAUUGGACAGGCAGCAGCGGGGCGCGCUUCCACGUCGAGUUCGUUGUCGGCAAGGACCGCCGCGCGUACCGGGCGGACGGCAGGAUCUUGGAGGCGCGGAGCGCCUACUUCCGCUCGCUGCUCUCCGGCGGCAUGCUCGAGUCCAGCGCGGGGAAGCCAGUGGACCUGGGGGAGGACGUGGGCGGCGAGGCGCUCGAGGC